UCGUGUCAUGUUUGGUGCAAAUUUCGUUUUCGAUCUAAUUUUUAUAAAUUAUAGUAGAUAAUUGUUAUUGAUUAAUCAAAUCGACUGUGAGAAGAUAUGAAUACACAUAUUGUGAUUCGAAAGGCUGCCAAUUUUUAGUAAUUAGGUGGUUCUGUAUCUUAAUAAUCCUAAUAACAUGGUUACCAAGAACAUGCAGUCGUCACUAGACGAUUUAGUUCAAUAUAUUCAAUUAUUUCGACCUGUGGCUACAGUUUUUCAAGGGACUAUACUACCGUUUCUAUUAAUCUACCCCGUGGUUUUCUACUGCUGGAUAUUUGUUUAUGGAUUUAAUGAAAAUUUUGAAGCCGGGUUUGUGACGGUCGCCGUUGUAGCAAUUGUUCAGAUAAUAAUUUGUCUAAGCUGUUACUGGAGCGUUCACGUGCAGUGCUUUUUGUCUUGUUCACCCGUCAAAGAUCCCUUACAAGCAGAAAUUGUAAAGGUAGUUCCAACAUCUAACAAUGGAUUUUCAGAAAUUGUGAAACUUCAUCAUGAUAAGCCCAUAAAUCCUGGAGAUGAUAAGCCGUAUGUGUGGUUUAUAUUUCAAAAAAGCAAAUAUGUGUAUGAUUGGGACAAGAAGAGUUUCCAUACAGUUAUAUUUCCAGUUAACAAGACAUUUGAGGAGUACAUGGAAUCAAAGGGUAUUUUGGAUGAUGAAUCAAUUGAUGCUGCAGAGAAGGAGUUUGGCAAAAAUGAAAUGAUAAUGGUUGUCCCUGAAUUUAUGGAGCUAUUUAAGGAAAGGGCUACUGCUCCAUUUUUUGUUUUCCAAGUUUUCUGUGUGGCUCUCUGGUGCUUGGAUAAGUAUUGGUACUACUCAAUAUUCACUCUGGUGAUGUUGGUCACAUUUGAGUGCACACUUGUCCAACAACAGCUCAGAAAUAUGGCUGCCAUAAGGAAGAUGGGAAAUAAACCUUACAAUAUUAACGUUUAUAGAAACAGGAGAUGGCGUCAAAUUGUCUCUGAUCAGCUGGUACCUGGUGAUAUUGUUUCCCUCACGAGGUCCUUGAAUGAUAAUCUAGUGCCCUGUGAUAUUGUCCUCCUUCGAGGCUCCUGCAUAGUGGAUGAAUCCAUGUUGACUGGGGAGAGUGUGCCUCAAAUGAAGGAGCCUCUAGAAAAUGAGAAAGAUCAGAAACAAAACUUGCAUAGUGAAGGAGAAGGUAAAUUACACAUGCUGUUCGGUGGAACUAAAAUUGUCCAGCACUCCUCACCCAGUAAAAACGUUUCUUCAGCUCUCAAAGCACCAGAUAAUGGAUGCAUCGGGUACGUCAUUCGUAAUGGUUUUAACACAUCACAGGGUAAAUUAUUGAGAACUAUUUUGUUCGGCGUCAAAAGAGUUACUGCUAAUAAUUUAGAAACAUUUGGAUUUAUAUUGUUCUUGUUGAUAUUUGCGAUCGCCGCUGCAGCGUAUGUGUGGAUAAAAGGGUGUGAAGACCCAGAGAGGAACAGAUACAAAUUGUUUUUAGAGUGUACACUUAUUCUUACAUCCGUCGUGCCACCAGAAUUGCCAAUAGAAUUAUCGCUCGCUGUAAAUACGUCACUUCUAUCCUUAUCUAAAUUGGCCGUGUUUUGUACUGAACCCUUUAGAAUACCCUUUGCGGGAAAAGUGGAUAUCUGUUGUUUUGAUAAAACUGGUACAUUGACAAGUGAUAAUUUAGUAGUGGAAGGUGUAGCAGGAAUAGGAGACCACACAGAUGCUACAGUAAUGCCAUUGUCUGAAGCUCCAAUGGAAACUGUUCAGGUGCUGGCUUCCUGUCAUUCCCUAGUUCAGUUAGACGAUGGUGUGGUCGGUGAUCCACUGGAGAAAGCAACAUUGAAGGCAGUAGACUGGAAUUUGACUAAAGGAGAGGCUGUUGUACCAAGAAAAGGAAAGUCCCCCGCACUGAAGAUUGUUCACAGAAAUCAUUUUGCAAGUGCUUUGAAAAGGAUGUCAGUAAUUGCUGGCUACCAGGUGAAUGAGAAAGGAUUUCUGGAGACGCACUACAUAAGCACGGUAAAAGGUGCACCAGAGACCAUAAAGACAAUGUUGAAAGAAGUUCCUAGCCACUAUGAUCAUGUUCAUUUGACACUUUCCAGAAGAGGUGCCAGAGUGUUGGCUUUGGCUCAUAGAAACUUAGGCAAAAUGACAUCCCAGGAAAUCAGAGAUCUUUCUAGAGAGGAUAUAGAGUCAGACUUAACCUUUGCCGGAUUUGUUAUAAUUUCUUGCCCACUGAAAACAGACUCCAAAAAAGCUAUAGCAGAGAUUAUAAAUGCAUCCCAUUCUGUCGCUAUGAUCACAGGGGAUAACCCGUUAACGGCCUGUCAUGUAGCUAAAGAGCUUAAAUUCACACAAAAAAACGAAGUUCUUGUCUUGACUGAAUCAAAUGACAACUGGAGCUGGAAAUCUAUAGAUGACAGUAUGGAACUUCCGGUGAAACCUUUUAAAACUGCCAAAGAGUUUACAUCCAAGUUCAAUCUAUGUAUCACAGGCGAGGGUCUCGUCUACUUGAAAGAUAAUCACCACAAAUUUCUUCUAGAAAUUAUACCACACAUAAAGGUGUUCGCAAGAUUUGCACCAAAACAAAAGGAAUAUGUUAUAGUCACUCUGAAAUCUUUGGGCUAUGUCACACUCAUGUGUGGAGACGGUACUAAUGAUGUUGGAGCUUUAAAACAUGCAGACGUGGGCGUGGCGAUCCUAGCGAACGCACCGGAGCGCCCGAAAGAAGCGCAAAGGGAACGUGUUGAGGUGGAUCCCCCAGUGCGGCGUUCCCGGGACCCGCGCGAGAUCAGGGAGCAGGCGCGCGCUGAAGCCGCCGCCAGGAUUAAGCGGGCAAUGAAGAAACUGGAGGAGGAGGAGCUGCAGCUGGUGCGGCUGGGUGACGCCAGCGUCGCCGCGCCGUUCACCAGCAGACUGUCGAGUAUAUUGUGUAUAUGUCAUAUAAUCAAACAAGGUCGGUGCACACUGGUGACGACGCUCCAAAUGUUUAAGAUCUUGGCUCUGAACGCCCUGAUCCUCGCGUACAGUCAGUCCGUGCUGUACCUCGACGGCAUUAAGUUCAGUGACACUCAAGCAACCCUACAGAGUCUGCUGUUGGCCUCCUGCUUCCUAUUUAUAUCUAGAUCGAAGCCUUUGAAACACCUGUCGAAACAGCGCCCGCUGCCGAACAUCUUCAACCUGUACACGAUAAUGACCGUGCUGACGCAGUUCGCCGUACAUUUCCUAUGUCUUGUGUAUCUGGUGCAUGAGGCUACUAUCAGAUCUCCUGACAGAGAUACAAAGCCGCAGCUGGACAUGGAUUUAGCAGAGGACGAGGAGCGCGUGUUCCAGCCGGACCUGCUCAACAGCACCGUCUACAUCAUCUCCAUGGCGCUGCAGAUAUCCACCUUCGCUAUCAACUACCGGGGCGAGCCGUUCAUGGAGGGUCUGCGCGACAACCGGCCGCUGCUGUGGUCUGUGGUGGUGUCGGGCGGCGCGGUGUUCGCGCUCGCCACCGGCGUCCUCCCCGACCUCUCCAACAUGUUCGAGAUCGUCUACUUCCCGCCCGACUACCGGCUCAUCGUGGUUCAAGUGUUGAUCGCCGACAUGGUGUUCGCGUACCUCGUGGAUCGCAUCUGUCUGUGGACUUUCGGUGACGGCCGCGUCGCGGCGACGUAGCGGCGAACCUCAUACACGUCGCAACGUCGCGGCGUACGCAGGGCGACGUAGUGGCGUACGCAUGGCGACGUAGCGGCGUAUAGCACGUCGCACUACGGCGAAUAUUCCUACAGAGCUUAUAGUUAUGUAAAUAAAUGAUUGAAAUUUUGGUCGCAAUAAUAUUAUAUCAUCAGCAAAUCAAACUCACAAUAUUUUGUAAUACUUGUGUCUUGAAAUUCUAAGCCAAAAAUAAUAAAUAUAAAUCUUGUUUUUCACGAUUUCAAAAAGUUUCUGGAGCGUUUUUAACUUUUUUUUAAUUUGAGCUCGGAACGGCUGAUAUUAAAGCUGGUGAAAUUAUUAUUGCCUGUUUCUCCGGAACCUACGAUUGGUAAGAGUAAAAAAAUUGAAUAUUAGUUUCUAAUAUUUAUUACGUGUAACUAAUUAAUAUUGUUUGUUUCGCAUUUCUCACGCAUAAAAGUAUUUAUUUUAGUUACAUUAUACAAUUUUAUUUAGUUGUUGUUUCAUACUUCAUAGUAUAGGUAAAUUGUGCAGAGAGCAUUUAAAAGUUCGUGAUUUCCAUGAUCGAUAAAAUGUAAGUUUCGUUUUAAUGUAGGUAGUAUAAUUUUUAUACACUCCAUUCAUAGCGUCUUUAAAUUAUGUGUGGAUUUGUUUCUUUAAAUGUGAUAUUAUGGGAUUAUGUUUUCAAAAAUUUCUUAUUUUGCCAAUGCAAUAAAUUAUUGUAAAGAUUCGCCAUUUUGUAAUAAUACGACGACACGAAGUAACAAAAAAAUAUAAGUGUGAAAUCGUUUUCAUGUUUUGCAAUCCCAUAAGUUAAAUUGAUGUAUAGUGUGCGGACAGACUGAUGCUCAAAUAUGCAUUUAAUAUAAUGGAUGUGGCAGUUGUAUUUUAUUGACAAAACAAAUAAAUGUGUAGUAUUGUAUUA